AUGAUCAUGCAGAUAGAUCCUCGUGUGGGGCUACUUGUACGGCAUCCUGGGAAAACGGGUCGACCAACGAUAUCGAUUGAUUACGACCUCAUUGAUCGGCUAGUGGUUCGACGAGAUUCGGAGAUUUCAUCUUUGAUCAGCAUCCGGCUGAAAAGCAGUCCUGAUCAGGGCCUGGAAUUUCUCGUCGACAAGGAUGACAUCGAUGACCUUGUUGGCUACAUUUGUGGCUACCAAAUGAUCCACUGUAACCGACAACUCGUCUGCGACUUCGACGAAACUCCGCCCUCUCAAUUACAACCGCCAACUGAUCCUCCGCCCUACUCAGCUGUUCAUAAAGUGAUUCCAUGCGGAUGGAAUUACUCCAGUGACAUCACAUCAAGUGAUCAGAGUCUCGAUUUGACUUCUGAACCGCCACCGUAUGAACUGGCGAACUCUUUCGCCGAAUCAAUCGACGAGAAACGAACAGCCAGUCCAAAAUCGGAUAAAAGCAGGUCACCACCAUCAUCGCGACGAAACUCCGAUGUGUCGAAGAGAUUGCUCAGAGCCACUGAUUCACUUCUCAUAAAAAAUAACCAAAAACUACAACGAAAGGAAAACGGCAGCCCAGCACCAAGAUCUGCACGACUUAUGGAAUCUGUGUCCGAUUCGUCAGAUGCAGACGACUCGUCAUGGAGUAGCCCCAUACGAAGCCCUUUUAUCGACAACGCAAUCAGGAGGAUGAUGAAUGGGCCGCCAGAUACGAUAGUCUACGAUCCGGGGCGACGUGAAUCGAUCGAGACGUUAAUAAGUAGCGUACACGCCCAACAGGUUCCCAACCUUGAGACGCUCAUUCUCUUCUAUCAGGACAGUAAUGGAGUGAAGUCACCCAAGAUCACUGAAGUCAAGGAGAAUGGGGCGUCCCCAGCGAUCAGGCCGCCAGAUACGAUAGUCUACGAUCCGGGGCGACGUGAAUCGAUCGAGACGUUAAUAAGUAGCGUACACGCCCAACAGGUUCCCAACCUUGAGACGCUCAUUCUCUUCUAUCAGGACAGUAAUGGAGUGAAGUCACCCAAGAUCACUGAAGUCAAGGAGAAUGGGGCGUCCCCAGCGAUCAGUCAAGGAGAUGAGCGCAGUGUGGUGGCUCCAAUGGCAUCGAUUGAAGAAGAAAUGACAAUCAGUCAAAUUACCGCUGCCUCCUAA